AUGAGCAGCACACCAUGCGCAGAUCCGCCUUCUGUUUCUGCUCUUUUAUUGGAUGGUCCCAUCUCAUCAUUGGUUAUUAUAGCUGGAAUUAUUGGUAAUAUUUAUUCGUUGAAACAAUUGUUUUCUCGAUCGAUUAAUACUGCAAUGUUAGUUUCGCUAACUGGAUUGGCUAUUUGGGAUAUUGUAAGUUAUCUGAAGAAAAAAUAUAUAUGACGGAAAAAAUCUAAAAAUAGAUUCAUGAGAAAAUCUUGAAUGUUAUUUUCUUGGAAAACUAUUAUAAGAUUUCUUUAAAAUUGCAAAUUUGCCCAGGUUUCUGAUUAUGAGAGAUCUGGAUUAUUACUGAAAUAGAAAUUAGUUUGAAAAAUUGUCUCUCUAGGCGCUGGCUAGGCUUGGGCACUUGAUAAAAACGUUCUCAAGGCGCCGCUUCUUGUCAAUGUAGGAGUCCAGAUGUGGAUCCUAUACAAAUAGUCUUACAAGAUGCGGCUGCUUGAAAACUGGGCUCUCUGAGCGCUGAUCCUUGACGAUUGAAUUCUCUAGGCGCGACUACUUGAAAACUAGGAUUUCUAGGCUUGGCUACUUAACAUCUCAAGGCGCGGCUCUGGUGACCUUCUAAGUUUAGGUGUGGAGUGUAAAAAAUUAUGCUUUCAAUUUUUCAGAAAAUUUGAGCUCAUAAUGCUCAAAUAUUCUUGUCAGUGUUUUUGUGAUCAUUGAGCCGACAUUUUUGCAUACGAAAUUAAGUUCAUCUGAACUUGCAAACACAUCAUUUUCCCUCGCGAAUUCCAUUCCACUUCCACUUUUUUCUAUGUCCAUGUGCAUAUUCAAUAAAGCUCGAAAUAAAUAUUGUUUUCUCACGGUUCUACGAAAAUCACCUAGGAGUUUUCCGAAAAAAAAAUCUCAAAAUGUUCUUCCUAAAACAAAACACAACAAUAAGAAUUUCAGGUCUUGUUGAUUGCCGCAUUCUUUCAUCACGCACUUUGGGCAACACUUUUCUACUUCAAAUUACGCGAUGAGCCGUGGGAUGCUCAAUUAGUUGCACUAAACGGACUUGUCGAAUGCGGUCACAUUACAUCGGUAUGUAUCAUAUUUAUAUCCAAUUUUUGAUUAGUCAUAGCUGAAAUUUCAGACAUGGAUGCUAAUUGAGGUGACUGCCGAAAGAUUUUUCGCCGUUACUCGACCAUUCCAUUUCCCGCCAGUACAUCGGAAACAACGAAGAAAGAGUUAUGCAAGAGUUGUUGGAGGUCAAAACAAAAAUGUUUUUUGACAUUUUUAUAACCCGAUACAUUUCCAGGUCUCAUAAAAACACCAUUAAUGAUGACGGCUUUGGCAUGUGUUAUUACUUUACCAUGCUCCUUUGAAUAUGACUUACAAACAUGCACGCGUAAUGAUAUUCAGUAUCAAGAGGUAAUGAGCAAAAAAAUAGAAAAAUUAAUAUCCAUUUUUUUAUUAAUCUUUAUUAGAAAGAAUUAGAAAAAUGAUGAUUAACUAGAUCAAAUCAAAAGAAAGAAAGAAAAAUAAAAUAAAAAGAAAGAAAUCUGUCUCAACAAAGAUUAAGAAAAGAUUUACAAUGAUUCUUUUUUCUUCAGAAAAGGCCAACAUCUUUGAUGAAUAAUAACUCAUAUCGACUCUUCUAUCGAGCAAUUUUCCUGUCUGUUAGUAAAACAUUUGGGCCAUUUGUGAUUAUUACACUUUUGACUGUUUCAACACUUCGAAGCAUGCGGAAAAGUAUGGAUAGUCGGGCAUCGAUUUUGAUUGCUCAAGGGCAAAAUCACUUGUUUCAAGCGGAUCGAGAUAAAACUAAAAGCUUGCAGGUAACAUUUUUGAGAGCCAAUUCACAAAAAAAAAAUUUUAGCGCUCUGAUUUUACUUGAUCUCAAAUUUUAGGCUAUCUCAAUAAUGCUCCUUGGAAAAUUUUUGCUUUUACGCUGCUGGCCAACCGCUCUGGCUCUAGUUCAGGUAACUUUUUCUCACAUUUACAAACAGUUAUCUCAAAUCACCUCCUCAUAAAUUAUUUUUCAGAUGUUUGUUGAGCAAAAUGGCAAGAAGAAUAGUUUCGACAUCUCGCAUUUCUUCCUUCUCCUCAAUUCGGCUACAAAUUCCUUUGUUUUUGUUGUAGUUAAAUCGGCUUUUGAAACUAGAAGGUUUAUAAUUCUAUAUCUAGAAGCAAAUAAUACAGAUUUCGAAAGUUUUUCAGGUUGAAACGUAUCCGUCAACGUCAACGUGAAUUGGUUGCACAACACGCUGAACAAGUUUUAUGUAUUGGAAAAGCGUUGGCUGGUGACAAGAUGUUCCUUUUGCCCGAUAUGGAAUGUGAACCCUCUUCUCCAGACGAUGAAUCAUAUGAACUUCAGCCGAUGAUGAAAACAACAGCUACAAAUUCAACGAGUUCAAAUCCUGUGUAG